AUGGGUGCUUCAGAUAAAUUUAUAGGUUUUGUUAUGGUUUUAUUUAGGAUUUUUGUAUUUGGAUAUUAUACAACAUGGGUUAUUAUUACUCCAUUUAUUGUUUCAGAUCAUUGGAUUCAACAAUACUUUUUACCAAGAGAAUAUGGUAUUAUUAUUCCUUUAGUUUUAUUAGUAGUCGGUAUUACCGCAAUUGGUACAUUUUUGGGACUUGUAAUGAUUAAAUCAAAAAAGAAUAAAUAA